UAUAUAAAGCGGCAGAGGCGGCACUUGAUUCCAAUUACAACUAGAUAUCCGUCUCGACUGAUACUUUAAAGACAAGACCGAGUGAGCAAUCGCAACGGGCAUCGUGAAAGGCAGACACAACCCGAAGUUUCCACGAGGUGUAUAAUCGCUAUUACGUUUCGGACGUGAAACACGCAAAAACCGGUACAAUAGGUGUGCAAAUGUGUGUGAGAGAAAUUUUCCAGACAAACAACAAAAGCCAAAUAUGAAACAACAAUCGAUUAUUAUUUGUCUACUAAUAGCAUGUACACGUAUAUCGCAUCAGGUAUCAACUCCUGAUUCAGAAACUUAUGUAGCAGCUGUGGUGGAAUUUUCUUCACAAUACAAAAUCUCUGGCCAGCUUACUUUAAAGACUAAUACUGAUGCAUAUAUCAAACACAUUAAGACAGCUAAUGCAAGUGACGUUGAUAUAAUAGUUUUCCCUGAAGAUGGCUUGACAACAAUUCAUUUACCACAAAGAGAACAAAUGGAUGAUUGGACAACUAUUAUUCCUGCUGCUUCAAAAAAUUAUAUACCUUGCGAUGAAAAUACUAUUGAAGUCAGCGAUACACUGAAAAGAAUAUCAUGUGCAGCAAAAGAGAAUCGAAUCUAUGUGGUAAUCAAUAUUGCUGAGAAAGUACCCUGCAAUAAGAACACAUGUACAAAAUAUGAUAAAGUUUAUCACAACACCAAUGUUGUAUUUGAUCGCAAUGGAAAGAUUAUUGCCAGGUACCGCAAAGUGAAUCUUUUCGUGGAACCAGCAUUUAAUACUACAAAAAUACCGGAAAUAAUAACUUUUGAUACUGAUUUUGGAGUGAAGUUUGGAACAUUCAUAUGUUUUGAUGUAUUGUUUAAAAUCCCUGCAUUAUACUUGACAAGAAUACAUCAAGUUACUGAUUUUGUAUAUCCUACAGCAUGGUUUUCUGAAAUACCGUUCCUAACAGCUGUACAAACACAUUCUGGAUGGGCGUAUGCUGAGGACGUAAAUUUCUUAGUUGCUGGCUACAAUAAUCCUCCCGUUGGCAGCACAGGCAGUGGAAUUUACCUAGGUCGCAAAGGAAUAGGCAAGUCAAUAAUGUCUUCAAUCUUGCAAGAGAAGAUGUUGGUACACAAAGUACCUAAAAUGAAGAAGAAAACUGAAUUUAAGUACGAUGUAAAUUACGAAAAAAUACUUUUAAAAGAUAUCCAUGACGCAGCUUCGUAUCGAGAAAUUAACGAGGACUUUCUUUUGUGGAAGAAGAAAAAAGACGACGUUGGAGAGACUGAUAAAAUUAAACUUAUAUACGAUUUCAUUUAUUCCUUUGAUACGUUUCUGUUAGAAGGAAAUGUCACGAAGACUCUUUGCCAAAAUAACUUCUGUUGUAACUUUGAGAUAGAAAUUUCAAAGAUUGAUCCAAAUACAAAGUAUCGUUUAGCAAUCUAUAGUGGUCUUCGCAGUUUCUACGCCGUUAACGGAAGUGUGAGCUCCUGCGGCAUAAUGCAGUGUUCGAACCAGUCGAUCGAGUCAUGUGGAUCUGUGCAACAAUCAGGAACGGUAUUUAAAAAACUUAAUAUCUCCGCAACGUAUCGUAAUUAUAAAACAGAUCUAGUUAUGCCGUCCACGUUAGACUCGGAAUUAUACCCACUUCCAGUAGAAGAUUGGUCAUAUGAUGAGUAUAAUUAUGAUGAUUACGUACACGUCCACAUAUAUUUGACUCGGGAGAGAAAUAAUAUAUUAACAUUUGGAUUGUACUCGAGGAAUUUUGUUGAAAACAAUGCAAGCAAGAAAACAUUUAUCAAUACUAUCACUUAUUUCACACUGUCAUUAAUGACUUGGAUUGUAUCGAAUUUCUUCUAAUAACUUGUAAAAUAUAUCUGAAAUUUAAGCGAUUAAUAUGUACUUUAUAUUGCACUUUAUAUUGCACUAUACUUUAUGUGCACAAUUUAUAAUGCAUUUUCUCGGUAGUAUAAAGUCUUAUAAGGUCGUAUAAGGUUUUAGAAGUCAUAUAUUUUUUCCUAUCUACGAAUUAUUGAGACAUAUGUAUGUGUACCAUGUAUAUAAAUACUAUAUUUUUUAUAAUAGGUAGGUUUUGUAGUGCGUUUUAUAUAAGAUCAUGUAAUUUUAUAUGAUGUAUUAAAUUUAUAAAUUGAAAUAUUUUA